UGAUGCCCUAAAAGCGAUAGCUGCAUCGGCAUAUGUGUCGAAUUGGAAGGAGUGUGAUGUGAUGCUGCUACUACUGCUCUGCCUACUCUUCAAACAUUCAAGUAGUAGAGUUUUGACUUCUUAACUGUUAAGGUUGGUGCGUGUUAAAAAGCGACACCGCUGGUUUUUCUGCCAGUCAAAAUGAAGUUAUAUUGGAUAUCAUUCAUAUUCCUGUUGGUUUGUCUAGUCAAUGAUAUAUCUGCAGAUAAACCAAAAAAACAUAAGAAAUACAGGAAACCACAUAAGGUAGCUCCCGAGGCAAUUACCAAACUCAAGUCUGACGAGAAGAAAAUUGCUAGUUCAGAAAAUGCUGAAGUACCGCCAGAAGUUGACAGAAAUAUCAUGGAUCCAUGCCUGAAAGUACACUGUGGCGCUGGAAGAAUCUGCCAGUUAGACGAAGUAGGAGAACCUCAAUGCGUCUGCAUCCCUUCUUGUCCAGAGGAAAGCGACUCAAGAAGAAAGGUCUGCUCCAACCACAAUGAGACUUGGUCAUCUGACUGCGCAGUCUAUCAGCAAAGAUGCUUGUGUCAAACAGGCAAAGAUAGUUGCAAAGGUCCAAAUUACAAGCACGUCCAUAUUGACUAUUAUGGCGAAUGCAGAGAAAUGCCUGAGUGUACAAAAGAGGAGAUGGUAGAUUUUCCACGUCGUAUGAGGGAUUGGCUUUUCAACAUAAUGAGAGAUCUUGCUGACCGUGACGAACUGACCUCUCAUUAUCUGGAGAUGGAACGUGAAGCAGAAUCCAACAUGACUAGAAGAUGGAGUAAUGCGGCAAUUUGGAAAUUCUGCGAAUUGGACGGAAACCCACCAGAUAGAUCUGUGUCAAUCCACGAACUUUUCCCCAUAAGGGCUCCACUGAUGGCUCUCGAAUAUUGCAUAGCUCCUUUCUUGAAAUCUUGCGAUGCAGAUGAUAAUCACAGGAUCACAUUGAAAGAAUGGGCUAAAUGUUUGGAGCUAGAUGAGGACGAAAUUGAAGAUAGAUGUGAAAAAAUUACAGAAGAAUAAAAUACACAUACCUGAUAUACCCAUGUAUUCCUUUUAGUUUCCUUUCAUUUUAUUUUGAAUUUUAUUCCUGCAGAAUUCAGUGGUGCUAUGAAAUAAUGUGAGAGAAUAACAAUAAUUAAUACUUAAAAUUAAUUAAGAAUUGAAUAACACUGCCUUAUAUCGAAUCAUAGAUUUUAUCGAUGAAGUACUUUUAUUUUGUAUAAAUGUAUUAUAGAGUGCCUUAUAUACUUAACUGUAUAGAUUCAACAAUAUAUCCUACAUAUUA